AUGCACGUCAAUUUGCCAAGUAACUGUGACGAUGAAGCAAUCUCAUGCGGUUCGUGUUCAGACAAGCCCUUGUCAGAGCCAACAGAAAUGAGCUAUUUCCUGUUCAGAUGCCGACUGUCUGUGAUAUUUCGUGAACUCAUAGAUGAAGUGACAGCCCAAGGUAUAGGAAUUGAUGAAAUCGACUACGAUCAGGUCCUGAAUUUCGACAGAAAAUUGAACACAUUCAUCGAUACCGUCCCAUACUUCCUCAAGUCAGAUUCCGAGAAUCGUCAGCGAUGUCGAGAGUUGGAUAAAGAGCGGCCUUAUCUCAUUUGGCAGCGGCUGAUGGCGCAGUUCGGAGCCUCCACCCGGAUAUCUCGCCUUCAUCGACCUUACCUUGCGCGUGGGGCACGGACCAUUCUUGAUUUUGAGCGAACAAUACGGAACGAAGCAACUUCUUUAAGUGCCAGAACCCAUCCAGGAGAGUAUGGGCUAUCAUAUGAGCCAUACGCAGAAGCACGGAUCCAGGAGAUCACGGAGUGCUGUCACACUUUGGAAGCGGCAAAGGAAGUGAGUGGAAUCGUAGCACGAGGCUUAGAGGAACUCAAGAAUAUAAUGAAGAAGUGGGGUCUGUUGACGGAUGUAGAACCCAGUGGUGACAGUAACAACGGAGAGAAACGGGAGGCAGCGGCCCCAAUGCAAGAAAACAAUCCAUUGCUUCCUGCUCCAGGGCAAGAAGCCAUGCAGAUUCAAGCCACCCAGAUGGAACGGACCUUUCCUCCGUCAUGGAUGGAGUCCUGGGAUUUUAAUGUUGAUUUGGAUUAUCCGCAGUGGGAUGCACUGUUUCACGACCUCGAGAGUAGAUCUGUCCUGUACGGCAGCCUUUUGUCCUCCAUAAAGCGUGCUUCGUAUUUGCGCUCCGUCAGAGGAGUCAGAAAUCACUCCCAAGCCGCUCGAAUUCUUGCAGGCGAAAAUUUUUCUCGAGACGUCACGAUAGCCAGCGCGGAGCCACACCGUCCACGAAGGUAA